AUAUAUUUUGUAUGGCUUUGCAUCACUCGUCAUGGCUUUCUGUGUGAAUCUCUGCUACUACACUUCCUUCCCUUCUCUUUCACAUUUUUCAAAAACAUUGGGAAGGAAACAUGGCCAUUGUUCUUUCCCGUUGAUUCGUGCAGCUCAAGCCGGUGAACCGGGUGGCAGUUCACAGCCACAGACUAAGAGUGAUGCUUCCACAUCCUCGUCUCAGUCUUCAACUCCUGCCCCUAAGGCUCUUCCCAAGAAACCUGUUUAUUCCAUGAAGAAAGGUCAGAUUGUGAGAGUGGACAAGGAGAAAUAUCUCAAUAGCGUCAAUUAUCUUUCUGUUGGACACCCACCUUAUUACAAAGGAUUGGACUACAUUUAUCAAGACCGUGGCGAGGUUCUGGAUAUGCGAAUAUUUGAAACAGGAGAGUAUGCACUUAUUGCAUGGGUAGGAAUCCCAACAGCUCCAGCUUGGCUUCCUACAUACAUGCUUAUCAAGUCAGAGAAGCUCAAUUAUGAGAGGCUAUAAUCUUUCAGAUGGAGUGCAGAACUAUGUAAUAUAUACAAUUUCAUGUUUGCCUAGUUUUGUAUGAUUCAACUGGAUUAAAUUGAAAUACCACCUGUGACACAAAUAGGUCAAAUAAAGCACUGAAAUACAAGAUUUUUGUUAGCAUUAUAAA